AUGUUGAUGACUGUCAGUCGAACCCCUGUGAGAACGGCGGCACCUGUAUCGAUAAAGAGGACUCGUUUGUGUGCCUCUGUUUGCCGAGUUACAGCGGAGACCGAUGUGAGAGAGACACAGAGGGCUGUGAACACGGAUGGAAGAAGUUUCACGGUCACUGCUACCGUCUGUUUCCACGCAGACACACCUGGGAGGACGCAGAGAAAGACUGCAGGGAGCACAGCAGUCACCUGACCAGCAUCACUUCCUCCAUGGAGCAGGACUUCCUUAACGGUCUGGGUCAUGAGAACGUCUGGAUCGGGUUGAACGAUCGUACAGUGGAGGAGGAUUUCCAGUGGACUGAUGGGAUGGAUGUUGUGUACGAGAACUGGCGUGAGAAUCAGCCGGAUAACUUCUUCGCGGGCGGAGAGGAUUGUGUGGUGAUGAUCACCAGAGAGGACGGCAAAUGGAACGACGUGCCCUGCAACUACAAUCUACCCUACGUCUGCAAGAAAGGAACCG